AUGGGAAGUAAAAUUGUUGAUAUGGCAGGUCCUAUCUUUUGCGAUGUUUUCUUUGGUGAACGUUACUUACUUAGCUAUGUUGAUUUGAAAGUGGUCAUGAACCGUACCAGUGACGAAUUUGUCUUAAUGUCAUCGGUGGACGGUGCAGCCUUUAGAGUGAAACUGAUAGAUGCAUACCUUAAAGUUCGUAAAGUCAAAGUGAAUCCUAGUAUAUCUCUGGCUCACGAAGUUGCCCUGAAAAAAGGUCCAGCCAUUUACCCUGUAAGACGUGUGGACUGUAAAAGUUUUAUUAUUCCUUCUGGAAACCCUUCGCUGCAAAAAGAUAACCUUUUCAAUGGUUUAGUGCCUAAAUCGUUUGUUUUCGGUCUUGUUGAAAGUGCGUCAUUCAACGGAGCUUAUAAAAAGAACCCAUUCAAUUUCCAACAUUUCAACAUUUCAUCCUUAGGCAUUUCAAUAAAUGGUGAAUCUGUACCAUUUAAACCAAUCAAUUUGUCGUUUGGUGCGAAUCCAAGAUUUAUAGAAGCAUUUCUAUCACAGUUUUCUGGCACUGUGAAAAUGUAUUACGACACAGGCAAUGGCAUUACGCGUGAAGAUUUCCCAAACAGUUUUGCCCUGUUCGGCGCGGACUUUACCCCCGAUAUGUGCAGUGCAUCCGAACAUUUUAACACGGUGCAAAAAGGAAACCUGGCCAUUGACUUACAAUUCUCGACACCGCCAACUCAUGCAGUUAGGCUUGUUUGCUAUGUAGAGUUUGAAAAUAUAAUACAAUUCGAUGGAGAGAGAAAUGUCGUUUGUGACUACAUUGGAUAA